CCCUCCCGCCAGUCUGCCUCAGCAGCCCCACAGGCUCACAGAACUUGUAUCUCCUCAUUUGUUUCGCUGAAGCAAGUACACUUGUUCGGUUGUGCUGAAGGCACAUUUCGGAAGGUAUCUGGAUUGUUGUUGGGGCUCCGGUGGCGUCGUCACUGUCUCUUGGAGGAAAAAAAACAGGUUUACAAGGAAAUGAUUCAGAGGAAGGAGAUAAGAUUCCUUUGCCAGCCAAAACGAGGAAUGUCCUUCAUCUGUGUAGCUGGAAUUAGUGCUGCAGUGCUUGUGGCUGUUUUGCUGCACUUUGGAGAGGACGGGAUCUACAAACAGGCCACUAUGUUAGGCCUCGGUCUGUCCCUGGGGGCUACGCUCACUCAGCUGUGUCUUUUUGCAGAAGAGUGGCUUCACCAUUCAGCUUCAAGGUACAGAGGCAGCCUUUCCAAAAUGUGCAAAGUCUUCUUCAACUAUGCCCCCUUGAGUGCCCUGGGGUUUUUCGCAUUGACAACUGGAUGUGCCCAGUUUGAAGCGCGUCAGUGGAUCAGUAUGGUGAUGGCCUCCAUGUUCUUCGUCCUGCUUAAAUUCUGUGACAUACUGAGCCCCACGCAGGUAGAGGUCACCCACAUCUGUGAGAACCGGAAGAUGAACGUAGCUCAUGGACUUGCCUGGUCCUUCUACGUGGGGUACCUGAAGCUGGUACUUCCUAAACUACAGACUUCCAUAGAGAGUUACCGCUGUCGACAAAAGAACAACAAUAUUCUGGUGCACAGAGAUUCCUGGAAAAUUUAUAUCUUGGUGCCAGUGAGUGCCUACAUCCCUGACCAGCUGGAAGACAUGGACCAACGCAUCACGUUUUAUGACAAUUUGACUGAAACGACCAUGGACAGAGCUGGGGUCAGAAGCAGAGUUUAUAAGCACAGCAUGUAUGCUGUGUAUGACAGCCAGAAACGGCCUCACUACUGCCUGGUUGAGUACGCCACUCCACUGCAGACCCUAUUUCAGAUGUCCAAUGACAGCAAUGCAGGAUUUGGGGAGGAAGACAGGUAUCAACAAGUACUUGUAUUCUACCAAACCCUGAAGAACAUCUUGGAGAAUUCUACUGAAUGUUGGAACCGUUACCAGCUCAUCCUACUAGAUGAUGGGUGUGACCAGGCCGCGGAGAAGGAUCCUCACUUUUUGUCCAAGGAGAUAUUAAAGCACUUGCAGCAGCCAGACAACGAAGUUGAAAAUUUGUCCCGAAUUCCAACUCUCAUGAUUAGCGAUGACAGUGACAUGCCGAGGACUCUUAAGAAUCCCACUGAGAACACUUACCUAUGUCCAGAACAAUGAAAAUGAAACAACUUUGGUCUCUAUGGCUGUAAAAACUGUAAAUAAAUGACUUAUAAUAGUGUCACACAA